UAUAUUUGCCAGACUGAGAGAAAAUACUGUACCAAGAGUCGGCAACAUGUGGACGCGUGUGGUACUAAUGUCUGUCUGUUAUUUCAGUCUAGCUGUGGCACAGGGACUACUUGACUACUUUAAUCUAUACUCAUAUCAUACGGCUUGUGGUCCAAACGAAUAUUUCGAACGUUGUACACACAAAUGUCCACCAGAGAAGACUUGUGAAACUCGCAAAAUUGGUAUAGUUUGUCCAGCUAUUGAAACACCUUGUAUCGGAAAAUGUAUCUGCAAUGAGGGUUACUACAGGAAAAUACCUGGUGGUGAAUGUAUAUCCGAAGAAGAAUGUGGACCGGCGUGUGGUGAAAACGAGGAGUACAAGGAUUGCAGAAACCCUUGCAUAGAUGAGAGCUGUGAUGCAAUGGGGAGUCUCAUACCGAACUGCACCGCUCCUGAACCCUGUGAACCAGGAUGUGGUUGUAAAGAAGGGUACUACAAGUUCUUCAAUACGUUAUGUAUUCGCAAAUGCUAUUGCAGUCUACCACGGGAAUUACCUGAUUGUAGAAAUUAAUCAUGUUUAAAGUUCACCCCGUAUUACAAGAAACUUUAUACUUUAAUAGAUAGUUAACAUUUACAAAAAAGAUUGUAUUCUUGUUCCCUUUAUAUGGUGUAUAACUACUAUGAUUUGACAUUACAAAAGUUCCUAAUUUAGGAUUAAUUGAAAUAAAUGCUUUGACCUGACUU